GAAACUACCCCGGUCUCCCGUAACGCACCGCGGGCUUUGUGCCAUGGAGUCUGUCCUGCUCCCGUCGCUUUUGCUGGUGGCCACCUAUCCGAGGGGUGUGAGCUCCCACCAUGAGUGGAGGCAAAGCCCUCCCGCGCCUUCCGGGACCUCAACGCCUUUCUUGGUGCGUUUAAGCCCGGAGCUGGAGGCUGUGCCUCCCGGGGGCUCGGUGUGGCUUAACUGCAGCCAUAGCUGCCCCCUGCCGGUGCGUUCCAGCCUGCGCACGCAGCUGCGGCAGGGAAAGACACUCAGUGGCUCGGGUUGGGUAUCUUACCAGCUGCUGGAUGUGAGGGCCUGGAAUUCCAAGGUGCGUUGCGUCGUCACUUGCGCUGGAGAAACGCGCGAGGCCACCGCCAUGAUCACCGCUUACAAACGGCCGAGAAGCGUGAUCAUGGAGCCUCCGGUCCUAAUGGGCCACAAGUACACUCUACGCUGCUAUGUGGUACACGUGUUCCCCGUGGGGUUCUUGGUGGUGAGCCUGAGAAGAGGUGGCCGGGUGGUUUAUUUUGAAAGUCUGGAGCGCUUCACCGGUUCAGGUCUGGCUAAUGUCACUUUGACCUACGUGAUGCGGGCAGGACCCAACGACCUCUGGCAACCACUCACCUGCCAUGCACGCCUCAAUCUCGACGGGCUAGUCGUGCGCAGCAGUUCUGCACCUGUUAUGUUGAAGGUCCUCGGUGAGGCACCCUGCAAACUUGGGGAAUUGGUGCGGGGGAGGGGAUGUUGCCACCCCAAGAGGGCCAGCAGAACAGGGGUGGGCUCCAUCCACGCUUGGAGGUCCUCAGACCUCCUCGUUCCUGAUUUUCACUCCCGCUCCCAGCUUUGAGUCCAGUCUCCAAAGCCUUGGCUUCUGCCUCCAUCGCAGCCCUGGUGGGGAUCCUCCUGGCUGUGGGGACUGUCUACGUGCGCAAGUAC